CGGCCGCGGCCGCAGGUUUCCCCGGAGCCGGGGCGAUGGCGGCCGGGGCCGGCCCGGGGCAGACGCUGGCCCUGGUGCUGGAGGACGCGGCCGGGCGCGCCGGUUACUGCAGCGGCGACACGGUGUCGGGCCGGGUGCUGCUGGAGCUGCCGGCGGCGCGGGCCCUGCGCGGGCUGCGCCUGGAGGCGGCCGGCCGCGCUCGCGUCUACUGGAGCGACCCCGCCGCCUGCCGCGGCCUGGCGGGCGGCGCGGGGCCCCGCCGGGAGGCCGACGUGCGCUACCUGCACCUGCGCCAGGACCUGCUGCGGCCGCGGCCCGACGGUGAGGAAAACUUAAUCCUGUUAGCUGGCCGACAUGAAUUUCCAUUCAGCUUUCAACUCCCACAAGAACCUUUGGUGACCUCUUUUACUGGGAAGUAUGGCAGCAUUCAGUACUGUGUAAAAGCAGUUCUGGAAAGGCCUGUAGCACCUGAUCAGAGUGUCGAGAGAGAACUUCAGGUCAUCAGCCAUAUUGAUGUCAGCUCACCAGCUUUAUUGAUGCCUGUUUUGAGAAGCCGGGAGAAGAUGGUUGGGUGCUGGCUUUUCACUUCUGGCCCAGUGUCUCUGAGUGCCAAAAUUGAGAGGAAGGGAUACUGUAAUGGAGAAGCAAUACCAAUCUAUGCAGAAAUUGAAAACUGUUCCUCUCGUCUGGUUGUUCCAAAAGCUGCCAUUUUUCAAACACAGACUUAUUUGGCCAGUGGAAAGACAAAGACUUUCCGUCAGAUGGUUGCCAAUGUGCGAGGAAACCAUAUCGCCUCUGGGAGCACAGAUACCUGGAAUGGGAAAACUUUGAAAAUCCCUCCUGUAACCCCUUCCAUACUUGAUUGCUGUAUCAUCAGAGUAGAGUAUACUUUAGCUGUAUAUAUCCAUAUUCCUGGUGCUAAGAAACUGAUGAUUGAAAUGCCCUUGGUGAUUGGCACAAUUCCCUGCACUGGGUUUUCAAGCAGGAACUCCAGCGUUACCAGCCAGUUCAGUAUGGACAUGAGUUGGCUGGCGCUGACCAUGCCAGAACACCCUGAAGCACCACCAAAUUAUGCUGACGUAGUGUCGGAGGAAGAAUGCUGUAGACAUGUUCCAGCUUAUCCACAACCAAUAGACUGUGAGGAGCAACUAUCUUGUCCCAUGUUCGCCUAUAUACAGGAGUUUCGGUUUCAGCCUCCACCUCUCUACUCAGAGAUUGAUCCACAUCCUACUGAUGUAGAAGAAAUCCAGCCUGUUUCUUUCACGCUCUAAAGAGAAUUUGAAAUAAGCGUUAUUGUGAUGGAAUAGAAGGUUUUAUCUUUCUGCUGCUUCAGCUGAUAGUCGAGCUAAAAAGAAACUGUUCACUGAAGCUACAUUUUUGAAUAAGGGAGAAUGGAAGUGUGAAGGCAGGAGUUGGAAGUUGAGCGUGCUAAGCGGCUGGAAACGUUUGGUCUGUGUCUGCCUACAUAGAGGACGUUGUGCACCUCAUUGCGACGAAGUGUGAGCAGUAAGUUUGGGAUGUCAGGGAAGUACCCAAGAAGAAAGAAAAGUUCUUUUUUUUCCUUUUUCUUUUUUUUUUAAUGGAAAUGUUAUACAGUGACAGGGAAGCGUGUUUCAAGGAGAAACUAAUGUGUACUUUAACUUAAAGACUUCUUUGGGAGAAUUUGGAUGAACGUACCAUUAUGUCAGGAGUUUGAAAGGCAGGAGUUUUGCGUGGUCCGCAACUGAGAAAGGAACACUAACUGAAAAAUGGAGCCCACACUCUAACGCCAGCUUCAAACAAACUUUUUUUUUUUCCCAUGAAACUAUACUCUUCUAAGAUCAGUCAUGUGGUACUAUAUCAUAAUUCAGACUGAAUUUAAAUGUGUCAUGGAUAGUUAAAAUAUGGUUAUUUAUGCAAUAUUAUGAAGGCAAGCAUGUACUAUAUGAAAGACUAGAACUAUGUAAAAGAGAAAGUUGGACUUUGAUAAUGGCUUAUGCACUAUGCUUUCUUGAAGGGACUCUUAAGAAAUUAUUCUAACCUCUUCUGUUACUGUGCUAGUUCUGUAUCUUAAGCUUAUGGAUAGCAUGAUAAAGGGAAACAUGGCAAGGGGAAAUCCCUUUUUGCCAACAGCAAAUCUGUUUAGCAAAAUGGACUAUAUUUAUUUAUUCAAAUGCCUUUUGAAGCCUACCUCUCUUAGAUAGCCAGUUAGGGUCAGAUCUGAGACCAAAAAUGUCUUGUAAAACUCCAAAAACUCUAAAAGGGUCCCUAAUUGAUUUCUAAAGUGAAGAAAUAAAAAAGGCUGGGAGCAUAGGAAAGAAUGUAAUAUACUUGGAAUAGACUUAGCUUGUAUGUGAAGACAGAGGAGAAACCAGGGGAACAAGAUUCCUCUAACGGCACAACUCUUUUUAACUCCUGCCGUUUUGUUCAAAGACAUCGCCUGUCGUCGAGGCUGCACUGUUCAUUGCUAUCCAUGCUCUUUUUAGUGUUUUUGCUGUCUCUAAUUUUGUUUUUGUGCAAUAUUUUACUGUUUUCUUCCUCAGGUCAUUUAGAACAGUGAGAUUUUUUUUGCUGCUAUGGAUGGAGGCACAGUGCUACUCUGCACUGCCUUCAUGUCAAGUAGAGUGUUUGCUUCCUGCUGAGCAUUAAUUGGUAAUCCACCUGAUGAGGCACUCAAGAGUUCACUCAGAAAGGAGCAGGAGGAUGGCAAUCACAAUAUGCAAACUUCCAGUUUACAGUCAAGUAUUUAACAUAAGGGUUUUUUGAACUGUUUAGACAACUUCGUAUAUUUUACAAAAGGGUUUGGGUUUAGAAAUCUUGGUGCUUCACAUGGCAGAAUACUAUACGUUCCGGUAACUUAAGUGAGAGGUAUUGAAUUGAAUUCAUUUCAUUAAUAACUGCAGUUUUAAAAAAGAAUUUAAAUGGUUUUCUAUGGCGGGGGGAAAAAAUCACCAGUACUUUAAGAAGCAGGGAUUUUUUUCUACAAGCAUUUAUGUAUUUUUACUCUUCAUCCUUUUAGCAAAAUUCUCCUCUUGUACAUUGUCUAACUUCUACCACUUCACCUCUGUUUCCUGUUCAGUCCACAGUGUAGAAGAGCUGUAACGACAAAGAUGCAUAUCAUUUCAGACUGCAGUUAUUUUUUUUAUUUCCAAUUUUAAGUAUUGUUUUCCUAUCAAAUGUAAUUUCAACCAAAACUUGAUUGCACGUUUUAGAAAAGUCCAUCCUGAAAAAGAAAAUACUUGUCUUAAAAUUUCAAGUUGUAGCUUUCAUGCCUUUUUUUUAAUUGAUGGCGUGCCCAUACAGUCGAGCAGGAUUUUCACUUGCAGAACCUUGAAAGGGAACAAACAAAUAUUUUCCUUAAACGGAUAUCAUUUUAGUUUACUUGAACGGUAAUGUGGUUGUGUAUUGACUUGCAUGUAGCUAUUUGAAAAUAUUAGCCUAAUGAUCAUUUAGGUGCUUAUGACCAUAAUACCUUCUAGGUGGUUAACUGGCUAACUUGUUGGUAUGAACAUGGUUACGCAAUUCAGAGCGUGUGUCAACGAAGGGUAAAGAUGCAGCUCUUUUUUUGUGUGUGCGCGCGCGCGUGUUGUUUUUUUAAUCUUUGGAUUGCUUUUUUGUUUGUUAUUUGCAGAAAACCUGUGGCCUUAGAUUGUUUGCUGCAAAAAAAAAAAACCAACAAAAGAAACAAAACAAAAAAAAAAACCCUACGAAAGUGUUUCUUAAGAAACACACGUGGCUCUUUGAGGGAGGGGUAAAAAACACUGCCAAAUUCUCCUCUCUGGCUCCUAGUUAAGAGAGUCGAAUUUGGUCCCAAAAUAUGUACUGUUUGUUUGCACAAAAAUGAGUUCAAUAUGCAGGGGUUUUGUUUUUGAUAACUGUGAAACGGUUUUAAAAAGACAAAAAAAAAAAAAUAACCUUGCUGUUCAAACUGUUAAUACGUAAGGACUUGAUUGUAUUUUGUACUAAUGUAUGAGCCCUGUGGGUUCUCUUUCUUAAUAAAAAUGGAAAACUC